UCGUUAAAAAAUCUCUAAAUUUAAAUUGUAAAGACAAGUCAGGAGGUUUAGAAGCGUCCAAAAUUUGUUGGGCCCUUUUUAUUAGACUUGGGCCGUCACACCAUGUCCACCUUUACGAGCAGGCUUUGGGGACACGGACGAGGUAAAGCGGGCACAUGCAUUGAGACAAUAUUACUCUUUUGAACAAGAAAAUAUUUGAGCUUUAAAGUUGGAAGUUAUUUAGUGGAGAAACGAUCCCACAAAGACUUGGUGGGCAAGGUCAGGAGGGUUUUUAGAUGGAGGAGAUAAACAAACUCUUCUAUUAGGAAUUUCUUGCUUUCCCAUUACGAACAUAAUCGCUAUUCAUGUUGUCUGUGCUUCUCAGCCGGAGCCUCCGCCUUGUGAAACCUGCGACCGUGAGAUCACUUCUUCUGAGCCUCACUAAUGGCUUCUCAACUUCCUCGCUGCAAACUCCUCCUUGUUCCAUCCUCCGCGCUGAACCUUGUGGAGAGGAUCUCGGCAAACUCAUCAUUUUGACUGCUACUGGGGAGCUCAACACUUUGGAUAAGAAAGUGCCAUUGGAGUUGAUGAAGGAAAUGGUAACGAUCUGGGUAGCUACUUUAAAGAACGAUGGAAUAGUGCGUCUCCAAGACGAUUUAAACCCGUCUGCAUCUGAUUUAGAUCCGAAACGCAUUCCCCUGCCUCCUCUUGUGACUCUGCCUCAUUGCCAAACCCAAGUUGUCACCAACGUGGCCAUGUCCUCAUCUUCUCCUGAGGAUAAAGAAUGUGUUGUGGCUGUCAAGUUCUUAGGACCUCAGAUCAGCUUAUGUAGACCAGCUCAAAGAAACUCCCAGUGGAUCAACAUCAGAAUCGAAAACCCAUGUUUCCACUCCUCCCCUGUUAUGUUUUCCAAGAAAGAUGGCAUGUUUCACAUUCCCGGAUCUGGAGGUCACCUCAUUGGAUCAUGGGAUCUCCACAAACACAAGAACAAACCCAAUAUUCAGAGGCUGCGAUUCAAGAACCUUCCCGAGCUCACCAAGACCAAAAGGGAGCUUUUGCAUUCGUGUUGCACAAGCCAACACUUGGUGGAGUCAAGAACUACGGAUGAGACUUUCUUUGUCAAGUGUUACAGGAAGGCCACAUCCAGGGGCGUGGUGAAAAUGAAAACAAAAGCUGUAAUGGUCUUCAAGCUAGACGAAGAAGGAAACGCUGUUUACACUCAAGACAUCGGACAUCUCUGCAUUUUCCUCUCAAAGUCUGAACCGUUUUGUGUCCCUGCUAACUCCAUUUCUGGCAUGUGCCCUAACAUCGUCGAAAUUUUGGAUGUUGAUGAAUCCGCCAUUGUCGGGUUGGAUGAGUCCUCCCUCUUUAGUUAUAGUUAUACAUUCCGGGCCCCUUAUCAUAUUCCACCACAAAAUAUAUUAGACUAGUUUAGUUUGGAUUAUGAGUCUGUCUUUCCACCUAAACCAUCUUUAUGUAUAAUCUCUGUAAGAUUGAUAAGCAUAUGCUAAGAUGCUCUUGGAGUUAAUUUGCUAUCAUCUCUCAUAAGUCUCCCAACUAAUUAUGU